UUCAAUAAGAUGCGUUUACGAUUAACACUGUGCUUAGUGGUCACUUUCAUAAUAAAUUGCUUGGGCUAUAAUGAACCACAGAGACCUAUAACCUUCAAAAAUGUGAGAAUUUGCUUGAUUUCGCAAGUGUUCAAGAGCAACCUAACAGUUUUCGUAUCGGAAGCCAGAAAUUUACGAGAUUUCAUAAUAAGCAAUAAGACUGACACUAUACGUAUCAAUAAUCAGGAGAUCCCAAUGCUUUACGAGAGAUCGGUUACUGACAUACCAAAUGUAGCAGUUUUUGACUUAUCCUCCAAUGGAAUCCAAGGGAUUGAAGAAGGUGCUUUCGGUAACUUGGGGUUCGUACAGGCUCUAAACCUCUCUUCGAAUUUGAUCAGAGUUGUGCGAUCCGAGGUUUUCACCCACGUUGAUGUCAGAUUUCUCUUCCUGGCACACAAUAGGAUAUUCCAAAUUGAAGAAGGAGCUUUUAAUCAUCUGGACCAUUUGUACUUCAUCGAUCUGAGUUACAACAGAAUAAGAAACUGGAGUUGGCGUUGGUUUAGAGGCACCCCAUUCAAAGGGAUCAACAUGAGGCAUAAUUUAUUGGAGAACCUACCAGAAGAUUCCUUCAGAUUCAUCGACGACUUAGAGCUGCCACAUGACCAGAAAAUCUUCCAUCACCUCCUCUUCGGUCACAACAGUAUCAAAUCUGUAGAUAAGUACUCUCUGCCGAGAUUGAAGAAAAUUAUACAUUUCGAUUUGAGCCAUAAUAAGCUAGAAACCAUUGAAGUGGGAACAUUCAACAACGUUGAAAGUUUGGAUAACAUCGAUUUGAGCAAUAAUUUGUUGACGUACCUGGAUAGAAAUGUGUUUAAGUUUACUGAAGUUGGAUAUGUGAAUUUGAAGGCGAAUUAUCUGGUUUCUAUCGAUGCUGAAUUCAUACCGAUGGUCAAUUUAGAUCUGAAUCCUCUGGUUGGCCACACUAAGAAGAGGUGGAUGGAGUGGAGGAACAAAUAUGGUUAUGCUUUGGAAUCUCCACAGUAUUCCUCUUGAAUUGAUUUUUUUCUCAUUGUGUACUCCCAAUGAAUUUGAAUUGAAUUAGAUUCUUUGUUUCUAUUCAUUAUUCAAACGAAGAAUCUGUAAUUCUAGCAACUGUAGAAAUAGACCUAAAUGUCAUUUGGAUUUUUUACAUCCCUAAAACAUAUAGCAUUAUGAGAUUUCGCAUAUUAAUAUCAUGAAACUUCUGUGUACCAAAUUCGGUGAUUUUCGUCUAAGAGAAAAGACUAUUUUCAGGAGGCUGUUACUCUGAAAGAUGAGGACUUCUGGGAAAAAUCAAAAUAAGGGGCCUCCUCAAUUUUUCUCUACAAUCUUUGACGAAAUUUUAUUUGAUUGAUUUUCGGACAACCUGUAUUAGUCUGGAAAACAUGUUGAUAUACCAAACAUUCUUAAACACCUACACGUAUUUGAUGUUUUACAGGAUGUUCUCAUAUAAAUGUCAGUUUGUGUACUAAUAAAGGGUGUAGCCCAAC